UCAGCCCCUCCCUUCACAGCCAUCUCGCCUAAUAGCAACCCUUCAAGAUAUGGCCUCGAAAAGAGCAUUGGUGAUUCUAGCAAAAGGGGCAGAGGAAAUGGAAACUGUAAUCCCCACUGAUGUUAUGAGAAGAGCUGGGAUUAAGGUGACUGUUGCAGGCCUAACAGGAAAAGAACCAGUGCAGUGCAGUCGAGAUGUCUUCAUUUGUCCUGAUGCCAGUCUUGAAGAUGCCAGAAAAGAGGGGCCUUACGAUGUCGUGGUCCUGCCUGGAGGUAACCUUGGAGCUCAAAACUUGUCAGAGUCUCCUGCUGUGAAAGAUAUUUUGAAGGACCAGGAAAGCAGAAAAGGCCUGAUUGCUGCCAUAUGUGCAGGUCCUACUGCUCUUCUGGCACAUGGGAUUGGGUUUGGAAGCAAAGUCACAACACAUCCUUUGGCCAAAGAUAAAAUGAUGAAUGGAGCACACUACUGCUACUCUGAGAGCCGCGUGGAGAAAGAUGGGAACAUCCUCACCAGCCGCGGUCCUGGUACCAGCUUUGAAUUUGGGCUGGCCAUUGUUGAAACGCUGAUGGGGAAGGACGUGGCUGAACAGGUGAAGGCACCCCUAAUACUGAAAGAGUGAAAUCCUGGUGUGGGACUGGGAGUAGGACAAUUUCAGAUGGAGAAUCUUGUCCUUUCUAGAGUAACUGUAAGAGCACUGUUGUAAAUGCCAUUUAAUUCUGGGUCAAAUUAGCAACUGUACUUAGCUAAAUUGGAAUAUCUUAACAAAGCAAUGGUCUUUAUUUCUGGAAAAAGAUCCUGUUAGCAAAAAGCUUCAUCACAAAAAAGCAGACAGCCUUUAAUAAUCUUAGUUAGGUCUUGGAUGGUAUUUAAAAAUUGCAAGGGAAGAUGUUUGCUGAGUAAAUAAAAAUGAAGCGACUC